UUCAAAGAAACAAGAAUUUGAAAUAAGAAAAAAGGGUUAUUUUGUUGUUCCGAUGAAAUCGCAAGCAUUGCACAACUUGGAUUCCGAUGAUGAUGAGGAGGAGGAGGAGGAGAGUGGGGAGGCGAAGAAGCCGUGGAUGCUGCGGUCGCAAAGGCAAACAAGCAGUGAUGGAAACUCGAGUUCGAAAAAGAAGCUCUGGAUUUCGCUGACGAGGGAAGAAAUCGAGGAGGAUCUCUACGCUUUCACCGCGGCCAAGCCUUCCCGCCGCCCCAAAAAGUGGCCUAACAAUCUCAAGAAACAACUCGAUCGUGUAUUUCCUGGAUUGUCUUUGGUUGGAGUUUCACCCGACUCUUAUGUCUUGAGGAAGAUCCGGUGUUGAUUUUUGAUACGGCGGUGAGGUAUAGUAUUGGUGCAAACAAGGAUGACAGUGAUGGUGAAUUUAUACAGUACAUUCUUAAUUUCUAAUCUUCAUGACUUAUUUUGGGCCUUAUCCAGAGUUAAGGGUUUAAGAGUUGCUUCACUUUUAUUGGUGACUCUUAUGAUGUCUAAGAUUGAAGCUUUUUUGUUAGACCAUAUUGGCACUCGGCAUUAUUCUUGAACGUUCUCAUCUUAACGUGUUCAUAAUAUAAGUUUGAAA